AUGGAAAUUGUACCAAAAUUUUACAAUGGCCAAGUUGAUUGUAUCACUUCUCCCGAUUAUAUUGCAAUUGAAUUUUUAAGUGACUAUCGUUUAACGGAUGAUACAGUAUUUUUAUCAAACGAUCAUAUCGAAAUGGUUUUACAAAAGUUAGGAUACUUUCAUGGCAUGAAUUAUGUGAUUAAAGAAACUGAUUGUAGACAAUUUGAAAUGUUUCGUAAACAGUUUGUGGAAACACGUUUUAAGAAAUUUUCAUUUGAUCGACGACGGAUGUUAUUUGAGUGGUACAUUAAUGCGGCUAUGAUGCGUGGUUUUCGGUAUGUUCCAAAUUUGAAUCGAUUUUCUGGGAAAAUUAUUGACAUGCUCCAAAAAAAAUUCCAGGAUCCCCACAAUAUGUGUUGUGACUUAAUUCAACCAAAAAAUGAUAUUGCCGUAUUAUGUCAUGGCGAUUUCAACCGAAACAAUUUAAUGUUUAAAUACACUGACAACAAUAAACUUAAAUCAUUAAAAAUAAUUGAUUUCCAAACAGUUCGUUACGCUUCACCAGCUACUGAUUUAUCAUUAUUUCUAUCAAUGAACGUCAACUAUCAAUUAUUAGAACAAAAUUUCGAAAGAUUCUUUAAAAUUUAUCACAAUGCAAUAAUGCAGACAAUUAAAAAACAUUCACCAAAAACAGAUUUACGAAAAUAUUCACUUGAAGCAUUUCUAAAAGAUUAUGCUGAACAUGCGAUCUAUGGUUACCACAUAAUUGUAUUUUUUAUGGAAAUUAUGGAUGAUCCACAAAGUGAUUUUACACGUGAUCCAGAAUAUAUGAAAUGUGAUACGAUUGAAGAGAUGCAAACUCAAAUGUCAAAAAAAUAUGUGUACGAUGAACGUGGAAUUUAUCGUUUGUAUAAUUCGACGUCGCGAUUUGGAUGA